UGAUUCCAAAUGGCUGCGUCUGUCCGAUUGACAGUGAAGCCACAAAGAGCUCGAAUUUGUUGGUUUCGAUAAACAUCUGUUAGAAUAUAUUUUUUCGGCAUUUUUCAAGCAAUCAUGGAUGUUGAAAAGGAUCCUUCGAACCAAAAUCAUAAUUGGGUGAAAAUGAUCAGAAUUCACACCACAACACCAGCUGAUAGAGUUAGAGGUUUUCAAGACUAAGGGGCUGUGUGUGAAGUUUGUGAAGACACAUGUAUGUGUGUGAUGUCUUUGAUAAAUAAUUAGAGUUUAGCGACUUCUCUCGGCUAGAGGUACACACUGGGACACAGAUUGACGAGGAACCAGACAUGGACAUGUCCGAUGCUGGUGUUGAAGGCUUUACUGACAAAGUAGAUCAGGAGAUCUCAAGGCAGCCCGGAGGACAUACUGAAGAGAAACCUUAUAAGUGUGAUGUCUGUGGUAAAGGGUUCAGUCAGACCAACAACCUGCUCACACACACAAGGAUACAUACAGGAGAAAAGCCGUUCAAGUGUGAAAUAUGUAGUAAAGAGUUUAGUCACUCAAUUGCCCUAAAAACUCACAUUAAGGUUCAUACAGGGGAAAAGCCUUACAAAUGUGAUUUUUGUGGUAAAGGAUUUAGUCAAGCAUCUAACAUGCAAAUUCACACGAGAACCCAUACGGGAGAGAAACCAUUUAAGUGUGAGCUCUGCGAUAAAAGAUUUAUUCGGAAAGACCGCAUGUUAACUCACUUCCGAGUUCAUACAGGGGAGAAGCCAUUUAAAUGUGAUGUUUGUGGUAAAGGGUUCAGUCAGGCUGCUAACCUCAAAACGCACGGAAGGACACAUACAGGAGAGAAGCCAUUUAAGUGCGAAGUUUGUGGUAAGGGGUUCAGUAAGGCGGGAAACCUACAGGCCCACAACAGGACACACACAGGGGAAAAGCCAUACAAAUGUGAUAUCUGUGGUAAAGGUUUUAGUGAGGUGUCGAGUCGACAGACACACCUCAGGACUCACACAGGGGAGAGACCGUAUAAGUGUGACGAGUGUGGAAAAAUGUUUCGCGACAUUAUAAGUAGACAGCGACAUAUGCUGACACACGGGGAGGGACAGCCGUUCCAGUGUGGGGUAUGUUUAAAGGAGUUCAAUUGGUUAGUCAGUUUACAGAGACAUAUCCGGAUACAUACGGGAGAGAGACCGUACAAAUGUGAUGUUUGUGGUAAGGGGUUUAACGCCAGCUCUAAUCUCAGUUCUCACGUCAGGAUACAUACCGGAGAAUUACAGUUUAAGUGUGAUGUUUGUGGUAAGGGCUUUAACCGGGCUGCACAUCUCAAAGCUCACACCCGAACACAUACAGGUGAGAAGCCUUACAAGUGUGAUGUCUGUGGGAAGGGUUUUCAUGUCGCUUCCUACCUUUCUCGACACGCGAGAAUUCAUACGGGAGAAAAGCCGUACAAAUGUGAUGUGUGUGGUAAAGGGUUCACUCAAGCUUCUCAUGUGCAAGUUCAUAUCAAGACACAUACAGGGGAGAAGCUGUUUAAGUGUGAGGUGUGUGGUCUGGCCGUUAGUCGGGCAAAUAACCUGAAAAACCAUAUGAGGAUACACACCGGUGAGAAGCCAUACAAAUGUGAAUUCUGUGGUAAAGGGAUUUCGACAUGACACCAGCAUAAAACUACAUAUCAGGAUACACACAGGGGAAAAACCGUACAAGUGUGAUGUCUGUGAUGAGGUGUUCAGAGAUUUAGGGAGUAAACAGCGACAUAUGAGAAUACAUACCAGCGAGAAGUCAUACAAGUGUGAUGUCUGUGAUGAAAAGUUUAGUCAGGCAGCGACUCUCCAAGAACACAUCAAUACACAUAACAAUGAGUCGUCACACAAUUUAGACAUUGUUAAAGAUGAAAUCACAAGCGGCUAGUCUGAAAACAUGCGUGGGGACUCGUACAGUGAAAUUGUCUAGUCAUGAUAGUAACCUGAUCAUGUUAAAUGAUUCUACUAAAAACCUAGCAGCAAAAUCAAUGAGUUGUAAUGUUAACCCUAUUUAUCUGAUAAACAGGAAAAUUAAAUAGCUUCAUACUAAGGGAAUCAAACCUCAUACAAGGUACAUAUUUCAGCAUUAAAUUCUUUUCAAGUGGCAUUCAUGAGCUCUAGAUCUAUGGAUGCCAACUGGACGAGGGCCCAUGGUAAGUUAGCAGUCAUAAGCAUAGAUUAAUGUAAUGCUCUUGAAUGCUAACUUAUUGCAGUUCAUGAUUAGUUCUUUUUUAAUCAUUUUUUGAAAUAAUUUUCUCUCAGUAUAAUUUAGAUCAAACAAAAUUAAACUGGUUAUGUGUGUAUCAUGUAUGUUGGCUAAAUGAGUACUAAGAACAUUAAUGUUUAGUUCAUGAUCGUCUGUCUGUAUGAUAUUAACAAAUAUGGAUGAUAUGGCUCUAGAUCUCAUAUAAGGUCGCGUCAUGAAUGCCAUUAUGGCAUUCAUAAUUAGGCCAUGAAUGUCUAAUUUGUUGGUGUUAUUUUGAAUCUAUAUUGCAUAUAUAUAUAUACAUGUAUAUAUAUAUAUAUACAAUAGUAAAUUCACAGCGGAAUAGUUGUGUUUAUGUUGGAAGACAUGAAGUGGUAAUGACAUCGUAUCAAAACAAUACGGGACACGCACCACAAGUCAAAUUCUGUAUACAUGUAAACCUCUAGCUAUAUAUAGUCUUUGAACAAUCAGAAUGAGAAAGCAUAAAAAUUGUUGUGAAGAUAAUUUACCUCUUUUUCUUUGCAUACAAUUAGGAAGGUUGCAAUUGUCAAAUACGAAAAUUGAGGGGAGGGGGGAGGUGUCAAAUGCAAUAUGUGGUCAUAUUACAUUAUUACCAAUAACAUAAUCCUGCAUUUUUUCCUGAAACAAGUUGCCUAACUGGUUAUCUAUUUUAUUUGGGAAAAGAAUUCUGAAAGUGAAUAGUGCCAAUCUGUUGUGUCUUUAUAUAGUCUUAUACAGUAUAUGUGUUUGUAUAGUGAUAUGUUGUGUCAGUUUAAUAACAAUUUAGAAGUAUUCUGCAAUCUUUGUCACUGCAUAUAUAUUACACUGUUUUCAAUUAUACAACAAAUUGUACAAAUAUUUGAUUAUGAAAAAUUAUUUAUUUUGGCAAAAUUGUCCUUUAACAUAAAAUUAAAUCUUCUUUAUAAAGUUUAUUGAAAUUUAUAUUUGUAAAUGAAUUUGAUUGUCUGGGUAUACAUAUGGUUUGUAAUUUUUAUAAUGAAAUCAACAAAAUCAACUUUUACCUUUGUUACUUUUCAUAUAUAUAACAAUUAAUUCAAAUUUUCUACAUGUUUACAUUUCUAACCAAUAGUUAUCUGAUGUACUGAGAAAAUAUCUUCUUUGAACAGAAGACAAAAUCAGCUUUAUUGAAAUUGAUUUUUUGUGAAUGAGCAAAAUUGUCUGGGAAUGGUUUGAAGAUUUUAUGAUAAAAUAAACAAAACCAGCAUAGUUUUCCUAUAUCACACAGAAUUUGACUUAUAUUAUAAAAACACAAAAGGGGUACUACCGGUGUACUUAUUACUAAAACCAUGGACAGGGGAUAUGAAAGUCUCUAUGUAAAAUCGGAGUAAUUUUUUUUCCAAUUUACAUAUAUAGGGUCUAGUUAGUAAUAACGACAGUAUAAUCCAAUAUAGGUACUGGAUCCUAACAAACAAAUGUUCA